GUUCAACAGCCCGACACUGUUACAGUGUGAUCAACAGCCCAACCCUGUUACAAAGUGUUCAACAGCCCGACACUGUUACAGUGUGAUCAACAGCCCAACCCUGUUACAAAGUGUUCAACAGCCCAACCCUGUUACAAAGUGUUCAACAGCCCGACAUUGUUACAGUGCGAUCAACAGCCCAACGCUGUUACAAAGUGUUCAACAGCCCGACACUGUUACAGUGUGUUCAACAGCCCGACACUGUUACAGUGCGAUCAACAGCCCAGCGCUGUUACAAUGUGUUCAACAGCCCGACACUGUUACAGUGCGAUCAACAGCCCAGCGCUGUUACAAUGUGUUCAACAGCCCGACAUUGUUACAAUGUGUUCAACAGCCCGACAUUGUUACAAUGUGUUCAACAGCCCGACACUGUUACAGUGCGAUCAACAGCCCAGCGCUGUUACAAUGUGUUCAACAGCCCGACACUGUUACAGUGCGAUCAACAGCCCGACACUGUUACAAUGUGUUCAACAGCCCGACACUGUUACAGUGCGAUCAACAGCCCAGCGCUGUUACAAUGUGUUCAACAGCCCGACACUGUUACAGUGCGAUCAACAGCCCAGCGCUGUUACAAUGUGUUCAACAGCCCGACACUGUUACAGUGCGAUCAACAGCCCAGCGCUGUUACAAUGUGUUCAACAGCCCGACACUGUUACAGUGCGAUCAACAGCCCAACCCUGUUACAAUGUGUUCAACAGCCCGACACUGUUACAAUGUGUUCAACAGCCCAGCACUGUUACAAUGUGUUCAACAGCCCGACAUUGUUACAGUGCGAUCAACAGCCCGACACUGUUACAAUGUGUUCAACAGCCCGACACUGUUACAAUGUGUUCAACAGCCCGACACUGUUACAAUGUGUUCAACAGCCCAACCCUGUUACAAUGUGUUCAACAGCCCGACACUGUUACAAUGUGUUCAACAGCCCGACACUGUUACAAUGUGUUCACAGCCCGACACUGUGACAAUGUGUUCAACAGCCCAACCCUGUUACAAUGUGUUCAACAGCCCAACCCUGUUACAAUGUGUUCAACAGCCCGACACUGUUACAGUGCGAUCAACAGCCCAGCGCUGUUACAAUGUGUUCAACAGCCCGACAUUGUUACAAUGUGUUCAACAGCCCGACAUUGUUACAAUGUGUUCAACAGCCCGACAUUGUUACAGUGUGAUCAACAGCCCAACCCUGUUACAAUGUGUUCAACAGCCCGACACUGUUACAAUGUGUUCAACAGCCCGACACUGUUACAAUGUGUUCAACAGCCCAGCACUGUUACAAUGUGUUCAACAGCCCAGCGCUGUUACAAUGUGUUCAACAGCCCGACACUGUUACAAUGUGUUCAACAGCCCGACAUUGUUACAGUGCGAUCAACAGCCCAGCGCUGUUACAAUGUGUUCAACAGCCCGACAUUGUUACAGUGUGAUCAACAGCCCAACUCUGUUACAAAGUGUUCAACAGCCCGACACUGUUGUGUUGUGGUUCUGAAAACAUGAGGAACCUCUUUGAUCAGAGUGAUGAUGUACUGUAGAAUGUCUCCGUGAGGGACCAUGUCCUAAACCAUUUUUCUUGUUGU